AUGGAAAGUUUCAAAUCUGUCCCAACUCCUUUGGUGCAAAAUUUGAAAUUGUCCCAGGAUGACGGAGUUGGAAAAAUGGAUGUUUCUCUUUAUAGAAUGGUUCGCCUUCCUCUUCCUACGACGCUUCUUGUUCCUGUCACCGUUCGUGUUUGUGGUAGUUCCUCUUCCGCUUAUCGUUCAUCUUCCUCUGUGGUGGUGGUUGUUGUUCGUUGGAUCUACGAGCAUUUUCCGUCCGUUGGUUUCGCUGUUCCUGCCGAGGAUUAUGAUGAGAGGAGACUGUGUGCAUGCCGAUGGACCUCUGGCAAGGCAUUGCCCGUUUCCACAUAUCGCAGGUGUCUGGAUAGACUGAUCCCUGACGUGGGAGGGUUGUACGACAGUUUGGCUACAUCCAGGCUAUUCUGCCACAUAUUUUUGUGCCUUCGCUCUUGGAUGAAGAAAUUGAUGAUAGAUGGAUGUAGUUCGCCAGGGGAUCCUCCUAGAGUUCCGCUGAAUCAGCAAUAUGACACAUUUGUUGAACCAGAUGUGUAUCAGCAAUCGAUGGCGGUAGCGACACCUAAUGAGGCAGACGUUGAUGUGCAUCAUGUUCGACAUGCAGUGGAUGGUUUUGUAGCAAUUACUAAUAAGUUGGAAAGGCUACUGAAUCUGAGGAUCCUGACCAAAGGAACAGAAGUCUAUACUGUUGUUCAAGAAUGUUUGGGCAUCGCAAGAAGCUACAUUGGCCAACCAACUGUAGGUCAUAGAUCGAGGCAUAUGCGGCGUACAGACGGUCAUUGA